UAUCCAGUGCUGCAGAAAUUAACAUUGAUGUGCACGGAGCAACUAGCAACAGUAAUCAUUUAAUUUGUGCAGAGUGGUGAUGUUAAUCGUUAGGGAAGUGUUUCCUGCUGAUAAUUACAGCUACGGAACGGAUAGGUGCCAUCAGUGACGAGGGUGAAGAGUUUGCAUAACAGACGAAUAUACAGUGCCUUCCACAAAAUGGUGGGGUCCAUUGAGAUUCCACUGCGAGACACGGAUGAGGUGAUCGAGUUGUACUUUGACCAACUUCCAGAAGGUGUCGAGGUUCUUAGUAUUCUUCACCAUGAGAAUGCACAGCUGCACCUGUGGGUCAGCCUGGCCCUGGAAUAUUAUAAGCAGGGGAAGAUCGAGGAUUUUAUCAGGAUACUGGAAGCAUCUAGAUUGGAUGCGAAUGUGGACUAUCGAGACUAUGAGAAGGACCAGAUGCGAGCACUGGACAUGCUGGCCGCGUACUAUGUGCAGGAGGCAAACCGGGAGAAGAACAAAGACAAGAAGCGGGAACUGUUUACCAAAGCCACAUUGUUGUAUACGACUGCUGACAAGAUUAUAAUGUAUGACCAGAACCACUUGCUUGGACGUGCAUAUUUCUGUCUGCUGGAGGGGGACAAGAUGGAGCAGGCUGAUGCUCAGUUCAACUUUGUUUUGAAUCAGUCACCGAGCAACAUCCCUUCUCUCCUUGGCAAAGCGUGCAUUGCAUUUAACAAAAAAGAUUUCCGUGGUGCCUUAGCAUUUUACAAAAAGGCGCUGCGCACCAAUCCUGGUUGUCCUGCAGCUGUUCGUUUAGGCAUGGGUCAUUGCUUCAUGAAACUCGGCAACCAGGAUAAAGCACGAUUGGCAUUCGAACGUGCUCUUCAGCUGGAUCCUCAGUGUGUUGGAGCUCUGGUUGGUCUUUCAAUCUUGAAGCUUAACCAACAGCAGCCAGAGUCAAUCCGGACAGGUGUUCAGAUGUUGUCAAAAGCUUAUACCAUCGAUUCAACUAACCCAAUGGUGCUGAACCAUCUGGCUAACCACUUUUUCUUCAAGAAGGAUUACCACAAAGUGCAGCACCUUGCGCUACAUGCAUUCCACAACACUGAGAAUGAAGCAAUGCGAGCUGAGAGCUGUUACCAACUGGCCAGAGCCUUCCAUGUCCAGGGUGAUUAUGACCAGGCUUUCCAGUACUACUAUCAGGCCACACAGUUUGCACCAUCUGUGUUCGUGCUUCCACAUUUUGGUCUUGGCCAGAUGUAUGUCUACCGAGAAGACACAGAGAAUGCAGCACAGUGCUUCGAGAAAGUGUUAAAGGCACAACCUGGGAAUUACGAAACAAUGAAGAUCCUGGGUUCAUUGUAUGCAAAUUCUAGCAGCCAGUCUAAGCGUGACAUUGCCAAAAGUCAUCUGCGGAAGGUUACAGAACAGUUCCCUGAUGAUGUUGAGGCAUGGAUUGAGCUGGCACAGAUACUGGAGCAGUCUGACCUUCAGGGUGCACUUGCAGCGUAUGCUACGGCCACUCGGAUCCUGAAGGACAAAGUGCAGGCUGACAUCCCUCCAGAGAUCUACAAUAAUGUGGGAGCUCUUCACUAUAGAUUGGGUAAUUUGGAGGAAGCAAAGAGGAACCUUGAAGAUUCCUUGAGUCGCUCGAAGGUAGAGGCAGAACAGGACCCACAGUAUUACAACUCUAUUGCCGUUACGACGACGUACAACCUGGCACGUCUCAAUGAGUCCCUCUGUCAGUUUGACCGCGCUGAGAAGUUGUACAAGGAUAUUUUGAAAGAACAUCCAAAUUAUGUUGACUGUUACCUUCGCUUGGGGUGUAUGGCACGAGACAAGGGACAAAUCUAUGAGGCAUCAGAUUGGUUCAAGGAAGCUCUGAGAAUCAACAAUGAACAUCCAGAUGCAUGGUCACUGCUUGGAAACCUCCAUCUUGCCAAAAUGGAAUGGGGUCCAGGACAGAAGAAGUUUGAGCGUGUGCUGAAGAACUCUACCACAUCAAAUGAUGCAUACUCACAGAUAGCUCUGGGCAAUGUGUGGCUCCAGACACUUCACCAGCCGACCCGGGACAAAGAGCGUGAGAAACGUCACCAGGAUCGUGCACUUGCUAUGUAUAAGCAGGUACUUCGUAAUGACCCUCGUAACAUCUGGGCUGCCAAUGGUAUAGGUGCUGUCCUGGCUCAUAAGGGCUGUGUGAAUGAGGCACGGGACAUAUUUGCCCAAGUCCGUGAAGCUACAGCAGAGUUCUGUGAUGUCUGGCUGAACAUCGCACACAUCUAUGUGGAACAGAAGCAGUAUGUCAGUGCCAUACAGAUGUAUGAGAACUGCCUGAGGAAGUUCUACAAGCAUCACAACGUGGAAGUGCUUCAGUAUUUGGCACGAGCGUACUUCAAGGCAGGAAAGUUGAAAGAAGCCAAGAUGACGCUUCUAAAGGCUCGACGAGUAGCACCUCAGGACACCGUGUUACUUUACAAUAUUGCCCUGGUGCUACAGCGUCUCGCUACACAAAUCUUGAAGGAUGAGAAAUCAACCCUUGAGACUGUGCUACAGGCCGUGCAUGAGCUUGGACUUUCCCAUAAAUACUUCAAUUACCUGUCUGUCCAUGGGGACCGAAUGCGUUAUGAUGUCACAUUGGCAGGCCUGGAGUCUCGUCAGUGCCAGGAUCUUUUGUCACAGGCCCAGUACCAUGUGGCUCGUGCCCGUCGUGUAGAUGAAGAAGAGAGGCAGUUGCGACGCAAGCAAGAAGAAGAGCGGGAGGCAUUUAGACUCAAGCAGAUGGAAGAACAGAAGAAACUGGAAGAGAAGAAGAGGCUAGAGAUUGAGGAAUUACUCAAGAAGCGUCAAGAGUACCGGGAGAAAACAAAAAAUGCCCUCCUCUUUGGUGAUAUGCCCAACGAGAAGCCCACUAAAAAGGGAGCAGGACGGAAACGUACUGAGUACAUUUCUGACUCAGGUGGGAGUGAUGGUGGUGGAGUUGGAAGUGGUGUGGACAAGCCUAGUGAAAGAACAAAAAAAAGACGACGCAGUGCUGAUGGUGAGAAGAAACGUAAGGGCCGUGUUGGAGGUGCUCGGAAGAAACGGGAGAAACAGCAAGCAGAGAGAGACACAGAUUCUGGAGAGGAGAGACCCAAGAAUAGGCGUGGGCGCAAGCUGCAGAAAGAACCCCGAGGUCGAGGCAGAAAGAACAAUGCGGAUGAUGGGCUCUCGGCCCGCCAGAAGAGUCGCAUUGUUUCUAAGGCUACCAUUUCAACAAGUGAAUCUGACAGCGACAGUAACCAACUCAAGAUUGCAAGUGGGGGAGAAAGUGGAAGUGACAGGAGUGGAGGACAGAAAAAGAAGCGCAAAAUUUCAUCUGAAUCCAGUCGUUCACGUUCCAGAUCUCGCUCAAGGUCACAGUCUGGUAGCAGAUCACGUUCUCAUUCAAAGAGUGGUUCUCACUCUAGGUCUAGGUCCAAGAGCAGAUCCAAGUCUGGAUCAAGAUCAAGAAGUGGGUCGCGGUCUCAGUCAAGAUCAAAGAGUGGCUCACGGUCGAGAUCAAGAAGUGGCUCGCCAUCAAGAUCAAAAAGUGGCUCGCCAUCUAAAUCAAGAUCUAGAAGUGGGUCGCGCUCAAGGAGUGGCUCGGAAUCUGGGAAGAGUGGUUCACGCUCCAGGUCGAGGUCAAGAAGUGGCUCAAGGAACAGUGCAUCAUCCCGUUCUAGGUCCAGGUCAAAAUCUGGUUCGUGUUCACGACAUGGUUCUCCAGCUAAGUCCCAGUCUCGCAGUGUAUCAAGGAGCAGAUCUGGUAGUCGGGCAAGGUCACAGUCAUCCAGUCGGUCAGGCUCUCCAGUGUCCAGAAAGUCUGUGUCUGGCAGUGAAGCAGGCAGCCCAGUACAUGAGAAGGGUUCAGGAUCUGGAACAGAGGGAGGAAAUUCCAGUAAUGAAUGUGAAUAGGAAGCUUGGAACCUGGUGUGCUUUCGUACUAAUGACGUGCACCUGUCAGUCUCCGAGAGUGUCUUUUGAUGCUGGUAGCUGUGUUAUGCACAGGGUGA